CAAGAGUACAAGACGGCAAGCAAUAAGCUCUCUUGUUGCAAACUUUUGAUCAUUCUCGCCGAUCAAACUUGAUUAGCGACAGAGAAACUGCUGCCCCGACAAACAGCAAUGGAGGUCAAGGUGUUGAGCUCCAAGCUCGUCAAGCCUGCCUACAGUGCCGGCCAAGCGCCGAUGCCGGCCACCGAGUACAUUCCUCUGUCCAUCUUCGACAGGGUGACGUUCGAGAUGCAGAUGGCCAUCAUCUACGCCUUCGCCGCGCCGGCGCCAUCCACGGCCGCCAUCGAGAACGGCCUCGCCACAGUCCUUGCCCAGUACCGCGCCUUCGCAGGCCAGCUUGGCGAGGCGCCCGAUGGCACGCCGUCCGUCGUCCUCAACGACCGUGGCGCACGCCUGGUUGAGGCGACCGUGGACGCCGACCUCACCGACAUGGUGCCCUCGAAGCCCACGCCUGAGCUGCUGAAGCUGCAUCCUGACCUGGAGGCGGUGCACGAGGAAGUCGUGCUGCUGCAGCUCACGCGGUUCCGUUGCGGCUCCCUCGCCGUCGGGUUCACGUCCAACCACGUCGUCGCCGACGGCCACGCCACCAGCAACUUCCUCGUGGCCUGGGGGCGCGCCACGAGAGGGCUCCCAAUGGGCCUUCCGCCCGUGCACCACCACAAGGACCUUUUCAAGCCACGGUCGUCGCCUCGCGUGGAGCACGACCACCGUAACAGGGAGUACUACCUGCCGUCGCCCACCGACGUGGUCGGUCACCACGCCGACGCCGCCGACAACAUCGUCAUCCACAAGGCGCACUUCACCAAGGACUUCAUCGCCGGUCUCCGCGCCAAGGCGUCAGAAGGGCGCGGCCGGCCGUUCAGCCGGUUCGAGACCAUCCUCGCCCACCUGUGGCACACCAUGACGCGCGCGCGCGACCUGAGCCCCGAGGAGACCUCCAAGAUCCGGCUGUCCGUGGACGGGCGGCACCGCCUCGGCCAGCCGGCGGAGUACUUCGGCAACAUGGUCCUGUGGGCGUUCCCGCGCUCCACGGUGGGCGACCUCCUGAACCGGCCGCUGAAGCACGCCGCCCAGGUGAUCCACGACGAGGUGGCGAGGGUGGACGGUGCCUACUUCCAAUCUUUCGUCGACUUCGCCAGCUCCGGCGCCGCCGAGAAGGAGGGGCUCGCGCGGAGCGCCGUCUGCAAGGACGCGCAUUGCCCGGACGUGGAGGUGGACAGCUGGCUGACGUUCCCGUUCUACGAGCUGGACUUCGGCACGGGGAGCCCGAGCUACUUCAUGCCGGCCUACUUUCCCACGGAGGGGAUGCUCUUCCUGGCGCCGUCCAACUUCGGCGACGGCAGCGUGGAUGCCUUCGUACCCUUAUUCCAAGAGAACCUCCAAGCGUUCAAAGAAUGUUGCUACUCCAUGGGGUAGGUGGCCUAACUGUGAAUUAGUCGAAGAAACAAGGAGUGAGGCACAUACAUUAGUUCAUUUAUUGAGAGUGUGAGCAUAAAAAACAAUGUGUUCUCUUUUUUUCUUUUUGAGAAUUGUAUAGUGCUACAGUAUGUACACAGAUGUGUCCAUGUACAAUUGACAUGAUUAUUUGGAUCAAACAAAUUUGAUUAUACACCAAUA